AAAUUUUCUUUGCUAAAAUUUAUAUGUAGCUAAAAGGAAAAUGGUCACCAUCUUCUCCCUACACUUAGAAUCCAACAUUUAAAGCAAGGAUAUUGCUAGCCCAUGACCUCUCUAUGAUUGCAUACAGCCAUAAACGUCAUUAUCAAACUUCCCACCUUCACUUUCAUUGCGUCUAAAAACCUUGUCUCCUUCUCUUCUCAAACAUACUUUUCUGUUAUCUUCUUCUUUUUUUCUUUCUUGAGUUUUCAAAAUGUCUAGCUAUGAACAAGUUUCAUCUUCCUCCUCUCCUUCAUCGUCUCCUCAAAAGAUUCAGCUGGUGUCUAAGUCUGUAUCAGAUAAACUUCUCAAGAAGUUCUUUGAUGUGAGUGAAUUUGACUUUGAUUAUGAGCAAAGUGGAUUAUGGUCUCCUCCCAUUAAAAGAAGUGCUUUCUUCAUCUCCCCAGAUCGGAUUUUCACCGAAGAUUUGAUGCUUGAAAAACUCAGAAACGUUAAUGAACGACGACGACGACGACAUAGACGACGAGUCCAUAAAGCUUUCUGUAAUGCAGUGUGUUGCUUCUGAAUAUCUCUGCAUGAAAAAGAUGGCGAGGUCUGCUACACUACAAGGAGAGAAGAAAUUGAAAAUUUCUUAAUUUCUAUUUAACAAUAUGUAUGCGUCAAAGUUUUAAUAGACGUACGUAAAUUAAUACAUGGUGAAUACAUGCAUUUGCAUGCAAUUUCCCCCCAUUUUUCGUAUCCCUUUUGAGUUUAAUAUUCUUUCUUUUCAUAUAUUAAAACCACUUGAUGUUUUCCCAUCUAUGAAUUUUCCUGCAGUUCUUUGCAUUUGUUUCCAAUAUGAUAUAAAGAGAUUAAUAAAUGAAUAAAUAAUUUUUUUUGAAAUAAAGAAAAAAAAGGUGACGUAGCUUCUUAUUUAGUAUGUUUCUUAAAUUAUCAAGUAGGCACAAAUGAAAUUAGUUCUAAUUAAGGUA